UCUGUUUUUGCCAGGGACUGUCCCUGUUAAGAGUAGCUGAAGUGCCUUCUGGCUCCGGUAAAAGCACCAGGAAUCAGAAAUUGUGGAAGGCGCGGCCGUACUUUGUUGAGCUAUGGGGAGGGAAAGUUGAGAGGAUGCGGAUCGGGAUCAGAUGAGGGAGAGCUCCUCACUGUACCUGAUGGUUGGAAGGAACCAGCUUUUUCCAAAGAGGACAAUCCCAGAGGACUCUUGGAGGAAAGCAGCUUUGCAACCUUGUUCCCAAAAUACCGAGAGGCUUACCUGAAGGAGUGCUGGCCGUUGGUCCAGAAAGCCCUGAAUGAACAUCAUGUUAAAGCAACGCUGGACUUGAUUGAAGGUAGCAUGACUGUUUGUACAACAAAGAAGACUUUUGACCCUUACAUCAUCAUUAGGGCCCGAGACCUAAUAAAGCUCUUAGCAAGGAGCGUCUCUUUUGAACAGGCAAUACGGAUACUUCAGGAUGAUGUCGCAUGUGAUAUCAUUAAAAUCGGCUCUCUAGUGAGAAAUAAAGAGAGAUUUGUGAAAAGAAGACAGCGGCUUAUUGGUCCCAAAGGAUCGACAUUGAAGGCUUUGGAACUCCUGACAAACUGUUACGUUAUGGUUCAGGGGAACACCGUGUCGGCCAUCGGACCUUUCAGUGGCCUGAAAGAGGUUCGAAAAGUAGUCCUUGAUACCAUGAAGAAUAUCCAUCCAAUUUAUAACAUUAAAACCUUGAUGAUUAAACGGGAGUUGGCAAAAGAUUCUGAGUUACGAUCGCAAAGUUGGGAAAGAUUUUUGCCACAGUUCAAGCACAAAAAUGUGAAUAAGCGCAAGGAACCGAAGAAGAAGAGUGUCAAGAAGGAGUACACACCUUUCCCUCCCCCACAGCCCGAAAGUCAGGUUGACAAAGAACUGGCUAGUGGGGAAUACUUUUUGAAGGCGAAUCAGAAGAAGCGGCAGAAAAUGGAAGCAAUCAAGGCUAAACAAGCAGAAGCUCUUACAAAGAGGCAGGAAGAACGAAACAAAGCAUUUAUUCCACCUAAGGAAAAGCCGGCUGUGAAGCCAAAGGAAGCUUCUACUGAAACGAAGAUUGAUGUGGCUGCCAUCAAGGAAAAGGUUAAGAAGGCGAAGGCCAAGAAGCUGGGCGCUCUUACAGCAGAGGAAGUUAAGCUCAAGAUGGAGGUUGACCAAAAGAAGCAGAAGAGAAAAAAGUAACAUUGGAAAGACUCGGACUUUCUACUGUUUCCUUUCGUAAAGGAUUUUGAGAUGCAAAGACUUUAGCUGAGUCAAACUCAGAAAAUCCUGACCCGUUUUCUUCUGCUCAUGGACGUGCACUUUGUAAAUACAUAGGUGGAGGAUGCCUGUGCAUUCAUUGUGCCCAACCAGCCCCAGGCACACUUUGCCCAGAUGUUUUAGGAAUACCUGUUGUUUUAAAUUGUACAGAUUUUUGUAAUGAGACUGUUAUUCAUCAAUGUUUGUUGCCAUUGACUGGUCUUUGUAAACAUACCCAAAAGAUUUGGUUUUGAGGAAAAUUUUCACUCGAUUUUGUUAUUUUACUCCAGAAUUUAAAAAGAAAACCUCACAAGCAGAAAAUCCAAGGCCUCCAUGUCUCUGUUGCUAUUAUUCUAUUCUGACUGAGGAAAUGAUCCCAGCAAGACAGAUAGUGUAUCUAGUCUUGGAGUAAGCAUGUGCGUGCCUGUCGGCCACCCCGCUGAGGCCAGAGGAGGGCAGAGAAUCCUCUGGAGCUAGAGCUGUAGGUGGUAGUGAGACACCGUGGGUGCUGGAAGUCAGACACUGGCGCGUUGAAGAGCAGCAAGUAUUCUUGGGGGGAAUUAAAAUUAUCAAAAUGAGUACUGCAGAUCUGGAACUCCAAGUACGUUACUUACUGGAAAGCCUAGCUGUGGCAACCUGGUCAGUCUGAAUUCACAAUGCAGAAAGACAAGUUAACUCUUCUAAGAUUUUAUUGAAACAUUUUAAAAUCACCACAUAUGAAUAAGUUGUCCCCUAACCAGGGCAUUAGUCCAAAAGAACUAAGUUAGGAUAUUUGUGCUUUACCCAAAUGGUAAUUAUGACAGACAGUAAUAGGAGAACUGACUUAGCGAUGAGAUAGAGCGAUGUGUAUCUGUUACGUAGAUAUUUUGGAUAAUCAGCAGAGUGACCUGUGAAACAAACAAGAAUGUACUCAGUUUCUCGUGCUGUGCUCGCCCAGCCUACAUAGUGCCCCAUGAAAAUGACUUAAGGUUUGUAUACAUACGUGAGACCUGAUCUCGUUGUGGGUUAGCUGUAAAACCAGAAUUAAGAAAAAGUUAGGUAUAGGGGGGAAGCAUGUUUCUAAUUUUUUCUUUAUAACCAAGAACUUGAUUUGGCUUUAAGUAAGUACCAUGAUUUUCAAGAUACAGUCCAGUUUUUGCCGCUGUGUCAGUAUGGUAUUUUUUCAGUGUUUAUAUGAACUUGAUAUGUGAAUUUUUGUACAAAAGAAAUAACUACUGAAAUGGAUGGAACAAUCAUUUAAUAUGCCACAACUACUAGAUGAAUCUGAUUUUGAGCCAUGGUUGAAGCUAAAGAUUAAAAUAUUUGUUUUAAAUAA